AAGCCAGAGCAGGCAGUGGUUGAAAACACUAAUUGGGUUCCAUUUCAUUUCAAGAUGCCUAGUUACACAGUAACAGUGGCCACUGGCAGCCAGUGGUUUGCUGGGACAGAUGAUUAUAUUUAUCUAACCCUAGUGGGAUCUGAGGGCUGCAGUGAGAAGACCCUCCUGGAUAAAGCAUUCUACAACGACUUUGAAAGAGGAGCAGUCGACUCCUAUGAUGUGAACGUGGCUGAAGAGCUUGGUGAAAUUCAACUUGUGAAGAUUGAGAAACGGAGGUACUGGGUUCAGGAUGACUGGUACUGCAAGUACAUCACAGUGAAAACCCCCGGAGGAGACUAUGUGGAGUUUCCGUGUUACAGAUGGGUCGGCGAUGAGCAGGAGAUUGUUCUCAGAGAUGGGAAAGCUAGGUUGCCAAAGGAUGAUGUAACACAAGUUGCAAAACAGCACAGGCGCAAAGAGCUUGAGGAGAGACAAAAGCUGUACAAGUGGAUGGAAUGGCACCCAGGUUUCCCUCUAAGUAUUGAUGCCAAAACUUGCAAGGAUUUGCCUCGUGACAUUCAGUUUGACAGCGAGAAGGGAGUGGAUUUCAUCCUGAACUACACCAAAGCGAUGGAGAACCUCUACGUGAAUCGUUUCAUGCACAUGUUCCAGUCUUCCUGGAGUGACUUUGCAGACUUUGAGAAGAUCUUUGUUAGGAUCAGUAACACAAUAUCAGAAUAUGUCAUGCAGCACUGGCAGGAGGAUUUCAUGUUCGGGUACCAGUACCUGAAUGGCUGUAAUCCGGUCCUGAUUCAGAAGUGCACCAAGCUGCCUGACAAGUUCCCUGUCACCACUGAAAUGGUGGACUGCAGCCUGGAGCGCAACCUGACCCUGGAGGAAGAAAUAAAGGAGGGCAAUGUCUACAUAGCAGACUACAGCCUUCUGGAUGGGGUCUCUGCCAACUCAACUGAUCCCUGCACCAUCCAGUAUUUGGCUGCUCCAAUCUGCCUCUUGUACAAGAACUUGCAGAAUAAGGUCCUCCCCAUUGCCAUUCAGCUGGCCCAGACACCUGGAGAAAACAAUCCCAUUUACCUGCCCAGUGAUGAGAAAUAUGAUUGGAUGCUGGCGAAAAUCUGGGUGCGUUCUUCAGAUUUCCACAUUCACCAGACUGUCACCCACCUCCUGCGCACCCAUCUCAUUUCAGAAGUGUUUGGGAUAGCUAUGUACCGCCAGCUGCCAGCCGUCCACCCCCUAUUCAAGCUGAUUCUUCCCCAUGUGAAAUUUACAAUAGCGAUCAACACCAAGGCUCGGGAGCAGCUGAUCUGUGAGUGCGGCCUGUUUGAUAAGGCAAACGCUACAGGUGGUGGAGGACAUGUUCAGCUAGUGCAGAGGGCCAUGAAACAUUUCACAUUCUCAUCUCUCUGUUUCCCUGAAGAAAUACGAAUGAGAGGCAUGGAAAGCAAGGAGGAGCUCCCGUAUUACUUUUAUAGGGAUGAUGGAAAUAUGGUGUGGGAGGCCACCAAGAGCUUUGUUUCAGAUGUUGUGAACAUCUAUUAUGACAGCGAUGAGACAGUUAGCACAGAUGUCGAACUCCAGGCUUUUGUUAAAGAUGUGUGCAUCUUUGGACUCAACGGCAAUGAAGAUUUAGGAUUUCCCAAGACUGUCGUGACCCGGGAUAAACUGACAGAGUACUUGACUGUGAUUAUCUUCACUGCCUCAUCACAGCAUGCUGCAGUCAAUUUCGGACAGUUUGAUUGGUGUUCCUGGAUUCCGAACUCUCCCCCGACCAUGAGGCACCCCCCACCCACAGAGAAGGGUGUGGUCACCAUCAACUACAUCAUCGAGAGCCUUCCGGACCGAGGGCGCUCCUGCUGGCACCUGGGUGCUGUGUGGGCCCUCAGUCAGUUCCAGGAAAACGAACUUUUCCUAGGCAUGUACCCAGAUGAACAUUUCAUUGAGAAACCUGUGAAAAACGCCAUGAAGCAAUUCAGGAAGAAACUGGAUGAGAUCUCCUCCAUCAUAAAAGAAAGAAACAAGAAUAAGAAGCUCCCCUAUUACUAUUUCUCACCAGACAGAAUCCCAAAUAGUGUUGCUGUGUAAAUGAAGAAUGAAUGACAACAACCACCUGGAAAUUAUCUGGCCUGUAGAAAGUGUGCACUUCUUUAAAAGUGAAGUUUAAUGUUGUUUCUUUUUUCUUUUCUUUCUUUCAAAUCGGACGUAGGCAUAUUGUAUUGACAUUUUCUUGAUUUAAAAAUUAAGGCCAUUUUAAAAAAAAAAAUCUAUUAACUCUGCCUAUUUAGCUUUAGUUUCAAAGCAUGUUGUGUUUGGAUUAUAUGUCAAUAUUAUAUAAAAAGAAGCUGAAUUUAGUAGGAUUA